GGGAGUUAAGGAGGGAGGAAGAGGAAGGGGAGAGACGAGAAUAGUCGAGACGUUACUCAUACAUAAGGAAGAAGGGGGAGAAGGAGAAAACAAGAAGGAAAAAUUACUAUGGAGAACACAGCGACAAUGAGCUGAAUCUUUCUUCACGAAGUGAAACGUAUGUUAGAGCUGUCAGUCAAACACGAUCCAGACAGCCAGGUGUGAUCUGGCCACUCCCCCUCUGAUUGUGUACAGGAUGGAUCCAAGUUUACACACAGGAAAUACUAGCACCACGUCAUCUCCUCCACUCCUGGUGUCCAACAGAGACACACCACAAAGAGCUGAGGAAGACCGGCAAGACACAGAGUCAGGCUGUUUAUCUGGGACGCAAAAACAUCAGACUCUAGCAGAAGCCAAAUUAGACCAUCAGAACUCAACAACAAUACAGUCAGAACUUUCAUCUCAGCUUUCAGAGAGUCAGAAUGAACCAGGGCAAUCAUGCCCACGACACGAUCAACAACUUGGUCUCUCCCAGGACUACCCAACACAGGCAGGUCUUUACCAGGAAAGGGGGAAAAUGAAACUACAACAGGAACAAACAAAACCUCUGAUUGUUAUCUCUCCAGCAUUCGACAAGCAUAAUCAAGGCAAGCAUGAGCUUCACAUUUUGGAGUCAAUUGAAGAGCAGAACCAGGAACCACUUACUCCAGACUGUGGUUGUCCUCUUGAAAAACACCGACCUCUUGAUGAACAGCCACACCAAGACUCCCAUCUUCCUUCUGUCAAACAAAUCUCAGAUUUAUCUUCUCCAGAAGAGCAGCUAGAGCAAGACUCCUGUCAUCACCAUAAAAACCAACAAAACACAUAUUUAGAUCAUCAUUCUGAAAAGUGGAACAAUGAAGAUAGUGGUCUUUUUGAAGACGCCCUUGACAAAGAUCCACUUCCUGAUGUGCAGCCAUUAGAUGUAGAAUUUUCUUUACUUCACCUUCAAGAAGAAAAUCUUUGUGACAACAUCGAUAACAAGACCAACCGAGUUCAAGGUUCUUCUUCUCAGGAUCUGCACAAUCUGAACCAUAGUUAUUCUUCCAAAGAUCAGUAUAUACAUGUGGAACAGAAGAACCAAGGCCUUAUUGAUCUAGGAAAUAAACAGAACCAAGUUCAAGACACCCAGAACCAAGACCCACAUUUUACUAAAGAUCUGGAGACGGAAGACUUGUCAUUUCAAGAUCAACAGAACCAAGAACCACAAGUUUCUGAAACACAGCAGAAACUAGAUUGCAGGCCUGCUCUUUUGGGUCUGCAGAGUCAAGAACCUCCUGAACACCAAGAAAAUCAAGACUCACCAUCUCUUCUGGAUUUGCCGAACCAAGAACCUGUUCCUCAUCCUCCUCUAGAACUUCAGGAGCAAGACCUGCAUACUUCUGAAAAACAGCAGACACAAGAUUGUGGUCCUUCUCAUUUGGACAUGCAGAACGAAUUCAGUGACCCUCCUCCUGAACACCAGGCUAAAGAAGAUUACAAUAACUCUCAACUGCACACUGAGCUGCCUUUACCCCUUGCUGAGGACCAGAACAGCGCCUCUCUGCAGGUUAUGUCUGUAUCUGAUAACUCAACUAAAUCACCAUCACUGACCUCACCCACAACUACCCCACCUGCAGUUAUCAAGGCAUUUGGUGACCAUUUGCAGCCCGUUCCUCAGGUUCCAUCUCCAGAUGAACCUAAACUUUGUGGCUUUUUGCAAAAGCAGGGGGGGCCCUUGAGGGCCUGGAAACAGCGCUGGUUUACCUAUGAAGAAAAGAAGAACCAGCUGUUCUACUAUCGCACACCACAGGACGUGAUGCCACUGGGCCACGUGGACCUCAGCAGCGCCACUUUCACCUACCCCUUAAAGGGAGAAGAUGGAACCUUCCACAUUAAGACGCCCGAACGCACCUUCAUACUCAAGGCGGUGACCCAAGAGCUGAUGCUGUAUUGGCUGCAGCAACUGCAGGUUAAACGUUGGCAACACAGACAGACCACUUCCUGUCCAGAGACAAUGACAGCAAUCAACAAUAACAACAAUGCAGAUUUUCUGCCACUGUUGAAAAGUCCUCUGGGUCUAGUGGGGGAGGAGGCUGCCAACGUACAGUCACAAAGAACUCCACUCACCAACAUGUCAAUCAAACAUCCUUUAAUCGAGCUUCAAAACUCGGUACACUUUCUUCGUAAGAGAUCAUCUCAGGAGAUGAGUCAGAGUGUGUUUCACAUCGAAACGCCAGGUUCUCCAAAAUCUGCACAUUCCGACAACCCAGCCUCCAGGACCCCUGUUGAGUCUCUCCCACCCACAGUCCUACUGCCUGAACCUACAGAAGGAAAGGCACUCCCAUUUCAGACAGAGACUCGAAGCAAGAAGUCCAGGAAAAGCAGCUCAUCGACCAUGCCCACCCUCCGCAGAGAUACACUGUCCUCUUCCUCAGACAGAAUGUCCCGCAUCCAGCAGGAGAAACAGAUGCUAAUGGAGGAAGUCAAAGCCCAGAAGGAGCUAGUCUGGAUCCUCCACAAAGCUCUGGAGGCGGCUCAGCUGGAGAAGCGAGCGUGUACAGAGUUUCUGGCUGAGGAAGAUGAGCAGAAACGUCUGGAACUGCUACGACACCGUGAGCGGCAGUCGGCCGACCUGCAACGACGGCUGGAAGAGGCCAAUAUGGAGGCAGAGCUGCUGAAGAAGAGCUUAACUGAGAAAGACACACAAGUGACCGAGCUACAGGAGCUGGUCAGGAGGCUGACCGAAAGGAACACUGCCAAGCAGGAGGUGAUUGUUAAACUAUCAAAUCAGAUGACCACCUGUCUGUCCAACCAACAGCCGCCAUCUGCUGGUGGAGCCCUGAACAGUGACACUAUCAAACGCUUUAAGCAAGAAAAUGAGAACCUAAAGGAUGAUAUUGAAGCCUACAAAACCCAGAACAAGUUUCUGAACUCUGAGAUUUAUCAGCUGACCCGACUCUGGAGGAAGAGCUCAGAGCAGGAACGGAGUUUGAUGGUAAAGUGUGCAUACCUGGAGGCCAGUAACUGUCAGGUGGAGAGCCGUUACCUUAGUGUCCUCAAGAGACUGCAGGAGACUAAGUCUUUGGAUCCAGUGCAACGCCAAGCUGUUCAUAAAAUGAUAGAGGAUGCACUGAAAGGGGAGCUCAAGAGUGUUGUGAAGUUAAACACAAUCAGGGAUCAUGAUGAGUACGGCUUUAAAAUCAUCCCUGAUUACGAGGUGGAGGACAUGAAGCUACUGGCAAAGAUCCAGGCCCUGGAGAUUCGCUCGCACAACCUGCUGCAGCAGGACACGGUGGAGCGCCCCCUGCUGACACGCUGGGCUCAGUAUCUGGCAGGCAGGUCGAAUGAUGACAUUUGUGCAUCUCCUGAGCUUAAAUCACUGCUGCGCAGUGGUGUCCCGCAGGAGUACCGCCAGAGAGUGUGGAGCUGGAUGGUUCAAACACGAACUCGAACCAUCAGAGAUCGACAUCCUCAGCACUACCAGCAGCUGUGUGAGAAGAGUCAAACAUGUCACAGUCCGGCGUUCAGACAGAUACAGCUCGACCUUCACCGCACACUCACAACCAAUCAACGCUUCUCCUCACCUUCUAGCUCAGCCCACCAACAGCUGUGUCGCAUCUUACAGGCCUUUUCCUGGCACAAUCCUGCCAUUGGCUACUGCCAGGGUCUCAACAGGUUAGCUGCCAUUGCUCUCCUCGUCCUCCAGGAUGAAGAAGAAUCAUUCUGGUGUCUGGUCGCUGUUAUUGAGGCUAUAAUGCCUCAAGAGUAUUACACCAAGAACCUGCUGUCUUCACAGGCAGAUCAGCGUGUCUUAAAGGACUUCCUCCUGGACAAACUUCCUCGCCUUGCCUCUCACUUUGAAGAAUACUCCAUUGACAUUUCUCUGGUGACGUUCAACUGGUUCCUGGUUGUUUUUGUAGAGAAUCUGCCCAGUGACAUCUUGCUGCCACUGUGGGACGCCUUUCUUUAUGAGGGCUCCAAGGUAAUGUUUAGGUAUGCUCUGGCUCUCUUCAAGUAUAAAGAAAACGACAUCCUGAAAAUCCAUGACAGUGUUGAGAUUCAUCAGUACCUGCGCUUCUUCACCAAGACCAUUACUGACAGCAGGAAGUUAAUUUCCAUCGCCUUCAAUGAUUUGAAUCCAUUUCCUGGCCGACUGCUAAAGAAUCGGAGAGCAUUUCACAUGGAGCGCCUGCAGGCUGAGCUGCGAGAGCUGGAGGAGCAGCAGAGAGAGUUUGUGACAGAAAGUGCUGAACGUAAAGACAAGGAUCUGGACACGAUGGUCAGUGAGGAUGAUGAAGACCUCUGACCUCACUGUGUAGGGACGCCACAUCUAAAUAUAAAGACAUUUCGAGUGUCAAUGCUGUUUCACAGUAGGAAACGCCUUCAUGUCAUAGUGACAAUGAAGUUCCUCAUUUUACAACAGUAAAAUGCUAAUGUUUUCACCACAGCUUAUUUUAUAUAGGAAAAAACAUAAAUGCCAGUUUACAUGACAUAGGGUACUGGUUUGAAACCAGUUAAAGCCAAGCACUUAAGCACUAAAACCAGACACAGGAGGUUUUUACUUUCAAAAGUUCAACCUAUAGAGAAAAAGAAUUACGAAAGAAAAAAGAAAAUGAAAUAUUUCUGUGUUAAAGUUAAUUUGCCCUACAGCUACAUUAAGGCUACUACUAUGUUGUACUAAAGAAACAAUGAUACAGUGAUAGUUCAUUACUGUAUUUGGUACAUUUUAAACACUAAAGUGAGACAGCUGCUGGUCAAAAGCAUUUACCGUGACUGUGUUUGUAUAUUUUACGUUUUAUUUACUGGAAAUGUAAAUUAUUUCAUUUUUAAUUGAAAACAUUUUUCAAAAUAUUUAUUUUGAAGAAUAUGGUUUGGAUACGUAUGGUUUGUAAAAAUUUAUAUUUUGACAGCCUUUUUUCUGAUGCAUGUCAACACGGACUGAGCUGCUAACAAUAGCGUACAUACUUAAUACUUUAUAUCUAAGUAAAAGUUAUACUGUAAAGUGUCCAGGUCUUUUCUUGAAGAAAUAAACUACUUUCAUUUUUAUUUGUGACAGAAAGCUUAAGCUUCUAUCUAAUACACCAAAUCAUCUUUUUCCUCGUGGGAAUCUGAAGUGCAAAACAGAUCCAGUAGAUGGCGAUAUUGCAAAUUGGUAAUACGUUCUCAAUACGGUUUUAAGAGCACCUGUUAAAGUCCAAUGAAGUGUCGUAGAGUUGUUAGCAGGUUUAGCUUUACUUAGCCGAGCCUCAGGAGUCUGACCAGUAAGUAACACAUUUCAAAACAAGUCUUGUGUUAUGGAAUACAUAAAUACAAUGCAUAGUAUAUUCUCUCCAUGUAACAACCUCUUCUGUAUUAGAAAAACAAUAUUUAGGUACACUUCUCUCCUUUGUCUUGACUAAGACAGCGAGUGGGGAUUUGUUCUGUUGCUAAUUCAUGUUGUAAAGGCCACUCUUUGACUGUGGCAUGCUAAUAGGCUAAUCUAUUCCGACGAAUCCUCAUUGUUUUUCAGUAGUGGAGCCGCCCUCAUGGCAGUCUCUGUGGAUGUAUUAUAUACAAAAGUUAUUGUGCUUAAAAACCUGGACAUUUUACAAAGUUUGAAUCCCCGAACUCGGGGUUUCCAGGACUUAAAUAAGGGCAUGUCCUAGGAAAAGAGAACGGUUGGUCGCCAUAAUCUAUGUUCAAUUUGGAGUAUCUAAUUAAAAUGAUUCCCCACCUAAAAUUCUGAUACAUAGCCUCGUGUGAGCUCAUAGCACCACCUACUGGAAAGGAAAGACAGCUACUUGCUAUGUGUACCAUCAAAACACCAUUAGUAAAACUAGCAUACGGCACGAAAGUUUUACUAUGUUGUGCUGUUACAAUUCACACUGUAGAUUACUUAGUUAAAAAUGUCAAAAACGUUUUUGCAAAUGUUUCAUGUGAAUUUUUAAAAUGUUUUUAUAUUCUGCAUAAAUAUCAACUACGAUAUGCAUUAAACACUUUAACUCAGAGACAGGAAACA